UCUAUACUUUUUCCCCCGGAAAACAGCUUUGAUUAAUAUUUCAAGCAUUUUAUAACACAAAAAGCCAAACAACAGGAUAGAAAAGCUGAUUAUGCAGAAAUGAAAGCCAAGCUACACCUAAAGGUCAGAAGGCAAAUGUGCCUAUGUCAAGCACUACAUGCCUUUUGGUUCUUGAACCUGGCAGCUGGAGGAAAAUCAACAUUGCACAAAAACCAAUAGUCCCUGUAACGAAUCCUCUGUUUACUGGAAAACUCUUAUGUAAGUGUUAACAGGUCAGGUGAAAUCCUACAUACUGUACACUUCUGCUUAGCACUAUUCUAACAGGGAUAAGGCAACAUCACUGGACCACAAUGGGAUUUUUUCAAUGUAAAGGCACUUUUGUUUGGUCAGUGUAAAUGGUUCCUACCAGACAGAUGCCACAAUAGCGAUUAUUUCUACAAACAGUAAAGAGAUCAGGAAUUAAACUGGACCCUGGAAAUCAUGCUUUUUUUCUUAUGCUUUUAGGAAGACAGGAUUCUGACUGCUAUACGUGCAUCUUUGACUGACUAUCUGUAACUGUCCCCAAAUUUACUGAUUCAGGAUGAUAUGUAUGAAUAUGAAUACUGUUUAUGUAAAGAGAAGCUUCUUACAUGUGUGCUUAAACCACUGUGUAUAAAUACUUGCAUUCUGCAAAUAAAAUAAAAGACCCCAUGCACUUGCUAACCUUGUAGAGUUCGGGUAUUUGCUCUAAAUAGCAUUAAGUACCUUUUUAUUUUGGGUGAAGCAUAGAUUUGCUCUGCCCAGAAGAUCUUAAACAAAAGAUGGGUAUGAAUGACAGAGCAAGAGACUUUCAGUUUGUAGAGGCAGCUUUGAAUAGAGUAAUAAUCAUGAUUCACAAAACUCAGGAGCAGAAAAGAUGUACAACUAAGCCUGCUAUACCAUAUUUCCAUUACCAGUGGAUAGAGAAGCCUGGGGCUACCUGGUUGUGGACUUUAGGUGAUGGUUCAACAUUGUAACAAUUUUUGAUUUAGAAGUUUAUUUGGACUCCUCAGAAAAUUUAACGCCCAAGGAGAUUUGUUAUCUGAGCUGGAAAAAAAGUGCACAGGAACCCACUGCUCUUCUGAACCCACCAACCACCUCCUUACUGCUGAUUUUGCAAGAUUUUAUGUGUACUUGCUGCACAUCCACGUGGAAGCAGAAUUUGAACUCCUCUGGGUUUUUGGUGGUCUCUGAAGAAAUGCUCCAUAUUUGUGAAAGUGGGACACCAAAGGAACAAGGAGCACCAGAAAAUACAGCAAAAAGACUUCAAACAUUUAGAGACAGCUUCAAGACCUGAGCAACGUUUAAAGGAGCCAGAUGAAUUAGAGGAUUGUAAAAGUACCUCCGCUUUCUCUGAAGCAGUUAUCUAUUCUGGGCCUAAUUCCAAGUCCUGUUAAAUUGAUGGCAAUCCUUCCAUUGGCAUCAGAGGACUGCAGUUUAAAACCUGUGAUGGAGGUGCAAAGCAUCAUCAGAGAGGAUGGAUAAACAGCCUCUGCAGUCAUCCAAAAUUGACAGAGAUAAUGAUGCCAUUGCAUUUGAAAAUAACAUCCAGCAACUGAGCCCAUCUGAAGAGGGGGAAGGAAAGGAAGUUUUUUCCACUGUUGGGGAAACAAAGAGUCAGAGCUGCAAAGAGGGUGAUGAUUUGUCAGACUUAUUCAAUGGAAGUAAAGAGCAGGAAUAUCCAACUGCAUCAGAACAAACAGUUGUAAGAAAUCUCAAGAAUGUAAAAUUUGAGGCUUGUGCUGCACAUCAAGAAAAAGGAGAAAAACAAUGUUUCAACUGUUUUUUCUGCACAUUCACCUCAGUCAAGUUAUCAAGUCUUAGGCGUCAUUUGAAAACCCAUUCAGAUGAGAAACAUCACGUGUGUCACCUCUGCCCGAAGGUUUUCCGUACAGCAACUCUGCUGCACAACCAUGUGAACACACACACAGGGAACAAACCCCAUAAAUGCAGUGAAUGUGACACAGCCUUUGUGACCCGAGGGGAGCUUUCACGACACAGGAGGUACAAACACACUUUGGAGAAGCCUUUCAAGUGCACAAUAUGUGAAUACUCCAGUGUAGAAGCCAGCAAGAUGAGACGCCACGUUCGCUCGCACACGGGAGAGCGGCCCUACCCCUGUCACCUGUGCAGCUAUGCAAGCAAAGAUGCCUACAAACUGAAAAGGCACAUGUUAACUCACACUGGUGAAAAACCCUAUGAAUGUUAUGUUUGCCAAGCCAGAUUCACUCAAAGUGGUACCAUGAAAAUCCAUAUGUUACAGAAGCAUGGAGAAAAUGUGCCAAAACACCAAUGUCCACACUGCAGUACUUUCCUUUCCCGAAAAAGUGAUUUGGGUGUUCACCUGAGGAAUCUGCAUUCCUACAUGGAAGAGGCAGUGAAGUGCAGGGACUGUGAGGCAGUUUUCCAUGAGCGCUACGCUUUCCUCCAGCACAGGAAGACUCACAGGAAUGAGAAAAGAUUCAGAUGUGCUCAGUGCAGCUGCACAUGUAGCCAGAGUAAUAUGUGUAAGCAUGCUGAAAAUUGUGGAUUGGUGAGGGCAAAAACUGCUACACCCAGAAAAGGAAGCAAAGGCAAAAAUAAAAUCCAUGAGAGCCCAAAGCGUGCUAAGCCAGAAGUUGCCCUGAGAUCAUUCCAAGAUAACUCUACUGUGAAAAAUGAACAUUGUGCCAGUGAGAUUGUUCCUGUUUUAGAUGGGACAGAAACAGCAGCUCCGAGGGAACACGGAACAGCAGCAACUCCUUAAGUGGAUCCUCAGCAUGAUGGACAAAUAAUGCACAAACAGACUGGUCCUCCUUGUUCUCAGUAGUUGUAACUGAGCAGUUUAAAGUGUGGAACUACCUCCAAUUAGAAAGAUGGAAAAGGUGCUGGUUGGAAGCUGUUGAAGCCCUUCUGUGCUCAUGUUUCUUCUUGCUGCAGUUCCUACUGUGGAACCUGAAAAUACCUUUGCAAAGUGUGAAAGUUAGAGGCAACUUUCUCUGGUUUAUGACACACAUAUAAUAACUGAAUGGGGAAAAGCAGCUAAUUCCAGAGUAGUUUAUUAAAGAAUAGAUGGGUUGUUUCCCCUUGCAUUUGUCUGUUUCCAGCUUUUCUCACAGAAUUGCAGACUGAUCUGAGGCAAAUUUAUCCCUCAGUAUCACUGAGAGCUGCCUGAAUUUCAGUGCUUAUACUUUGCUGAGGUGAGCACAUGAAAGGCAAUGAUUUUUUAGUACAAGGUACAUUUACUAAAUCUCCUUUCUGCAAACACUUUAGUUUCUAAUCGAAUUCAUGAUGCAAUAGAAUGCAUGACACAAUUUUGUGGAAAAGCACCAUUUUUAUGCCUCAUACUACUGGUAAUUAGAAAGUAAUUUUUUGUCUGAGUUUUUCUCAGCUCAGUUAGCUGGGCAGACAGAACUGCAUGACAAAAAUGGAACAGGGUGACAGAGAAGUGUGGAGGACCCCCUCAUUCUGGGAAUAUAAAACCUUCUGUGGCCCUAAGCUGACUCUUUUGAAUGCAGGUGGGAUCUGUUUUCUUUAUCCUUCCUUUAACCAGCCUUGCAAAUAUUCCCAUCUAAGUUUGUGAUCCUCCAUUUAGCACCAGAUCCAAACCACUCCCACGACUUUGCUUUUAAUUAGCUCUUCAAUAAAGCACAACUGUGUUUUUUAGUAAAGUUCAUGUUUAUAGUAUACUUAAAAAUCAGAAAAAAUUUUACCGUCAAAUACAAUUCUCUAACUUUCCUUAGGUUAUAAGAACUACUGGGUUUAACUCUUAAUAAUUACUAGAGUCAUUACAGUAAGUACUAUUAAUUUUUAUGAUUCAUUACAGUGAUCACAAUUGCCAUUUAUGCACUGUUCACACAUUUUUUUGUCAUUUAUAAUUAAUACUUGGAAGCCUGCUCAUAAAAUCUUAAAUACUUUUUAAAUAUUCAUCUUUAAUGCUGCUAUUCUUAUGUUACAUUUCAUUAUAAAUAAGCACCAGCAUAAAUAACAGAUAUUAAUAAUAUUAGGUCAUUUAACAACUAAAUUGAAUUGAAAUGCCUCAUCCCAAUUUCAAGAUUACCAUCUGUGUUUAACUUCUUUAUGGUGUGGAAUUUGACCAGUAUUAAAUAGUUUGGGU